CAUUGAUAUAGUGGGAAACCCUAGCUAUAAAUUCGAGAGGCUCUCACUCAAAUCAUUUCUCUCUUCUUUCUCGAGAAAUCGGCGAAUCUGAGAACUAAGCAUCAACAACAAGAACAAUGAGAGCGAAGUGGAAGAAGAAGCGCAUGAGGAGAUUAAAGAGGAAGCGUCGAAAGAUGAGACAGCGAUCCAAGUAGACUCCAAGUUCCUCCCCCAAAUAACUAUCGGCUCUCUGUGAUUCUCUUUUUAGUUUUGUCUUGAAACUUUUUCUUUCUUCUAGCAAACCUUUUUUAUUUUGAUUAUGGAAGUUUUGAACAUUCUGUGAUGUAUGUAAAACUUGCUCUUGUGCUCUUAUCUAUCUAAUCACAGAUCCUUUAUCUAAUCACUGUUGUCAAAAUGUGUGAAGCUUGUUUUUGUCUAAUUGUCAAGACAGCAAUAAUCUUAUGAAGAAGUAUUAUGAGUAUUAAGAAAAUAA